ACAAGCACCAAGCAAGAGGACUUCCAAAGGUGGUGGACUAGACUCUAAAACUCACAAGAAGGAAUUGCUGGGACAAUGGAGCAAACUGCAGGAAGCAAAAAGAAUUUGCCUAAUCCAGUCUUGUUGCAAGAUGAUGAGGAAUUACACAAGAAUUCUUGUGCAGUGAGAGCAAUGGAAAACACUAGAAAGAGGCAUCCGUUUACCGAUAAACCUCUAUUGCAGAGCGAGGAAUUAUAUGAGUAUGUAAUGAAGACUGGAGUGUACCCAAGAGAACCAAAUCCUCUCAAGGAAUUAAGGAUGGCUACUGCAAGUCACCCUAUGGCUUACAUAGGUACAGCACCUGAUGCAGGUCAGCUGAUAGCCAUGCUCUUGAAACUUGCGAAUAGCAAAAGGUCAAUUGAAAUUGGAGUUUUUACUGGAUACUCUCUUCUCCUCACGGCUCUUACGAUUCCUGAUGAUGGCAAGAUUACAGCCAUAGACAUCGACCGAAAAACAUAUGAAAUAGACUUGCCGAUAAUCAUCAAAGCUGGCGUGGAACACAAAAUUGACUUCAUUGAGUCUCCAGCUCUGCCUAUUCUGGACAAACUCUUAGAAAACCCAGAGAAGGAAGGGAGCUUCGACUUUGCUUUUGUUGAUGCCGACAAGAACAACUACUGGAAUUACCACAAAAGGCUGUUGAAACUGAUUAAGGUUGGUGGAUUUGUUAUCUAUGAUAAUACACUCUGGGGAGGGACAGUUGCUUUACCUGAAGAGGAUGUUGCAGAGCCCCUAAGGGAACGGAGGCAAUUCAUAAUUGAGUUUAACAAAUUGGUUUCUGCUGACCCUCGCGUCGAAAUGUCCCAAGUUCCAUUGGGUGAUGGGAUCACAAUUUGCAGGCGCAUUUGCUAAGUUUGUUAAGCUAAAUAUUUAUGAGUGAAUAAACAUCGAUCGCUUUAUUCUUGUGGAGGUUUAUAGCUACUCAGCUAGCUUCAGUAGUUAAGCACUUACCCUCACAUUAAAGGCGUGAACGAAUGAAGAGUAUAUAUUGCCUAUGUCUUCUGUCAUUUGAGAUUGUAAUAACUCCCCCUUGUUUUCUUAUUGAAACGUACUACUCAAUGUUGAAUAAUAAGUAAUUGAUAUGUAUUUCAA